AUGCCCCAUGUUCAUCUGCCACGUCAGCCGCCGGCCGGUGUGCGUCGUCAGGUAGUGCCGCGUGAACUUUUCGCAUAUAGGCAAGAUCUCCCCGGGGAGGUUGCAUCUGGCACCGGCCUAGGCGCUUGUACGCGCCGACCCGCGCGACGAACGCGCCUACCACUUCGCCCGUCGAUUCCGCUUCCGAAGGCGUUUCGCCCGUCAAUCCCGCUCCCGGCGGCGUUUCGCCCGUCAAUCCCGCUCCCGGCGGCGUUUCGCCCGUCAAUCCCGCUCCCGGCGGCGUUUCGCCCGUCAAUCCCGCUCCCGGCGGCGUUUCGCCCGUCAAUCCCGCUCCCGGCGGCGUUUCGCCCGUCAAUCCCGCUCCCGGCGGCGUUUCGCCCGUCAAUCCCGCUCCCGGCGGCGUUUCGCCCGUCAAUCCCGCUCCCGGCGGCGUUUCGCCCGUCAAUCCCGCUCCCGGCGGCGUUUCGCCCGUCAAUCCCGCUCCCGGCGGCGUUUCGCCCGUCAAUCCCGCUCCCGGCGGCGUUUCGCCCGUCAAUCCCGCUCCCGGCGGCGUUUCGCCCGUCAAUCCCGCUCCCGGCGGCGUUUCGCCCGUCAAUCCCGCUCCCGGCGGCGUUUCGCCCGUCAAUCCCGCUCCCGGCGGCGUUUCGCCCGUCAAUCCCGCUCCCGGCGGCGUUUCGCCCGUCAAUCCCGCUCCCGGCGGCGUUUCGCCCGUCAAUCCCGCUCCCGGCGGCGUUUCGCCCGUCAAUCCCGCUCCCGGCGGCGUUUCGCCCGUCAAUCCCGCUCCCGGCGGCGUUUCGCCCGUCAAUCCCGCUCCCGGCGGCGUUUCGCCCGUCAAUCCCGCUCCCGGCGGCGUUUCGCCCGUCAAUCCCGCUCCCGGCGGCGUUUCGCCCGUCAAUCCCGCUCACGGCGGCGUUUCGCCCGUCAAUCCCGCUCCCGGCGGCGUUUCGCCCGUCAAUCCCGCUCCCGGCGGCGUUUCGCCCGUCAAUCCCGCUCCCGGCGGCGUUUCGCCCGUCAAUCCCGCUCCCGGCGGCGUUUCGCCCGUCAAUCCCGCUCCCGGCGGCGUUUCGCCCGUCAAUCCCGCUCCCGGCGGCCCCACCUCCCCCUUCCCCCUCGCUUCCUCCUCCUUCGGGCCAUCCCGCCCACCUCCCCCUUCCCCCUCGCUUCCUCCUCCUUCGGGCCAUCCCGCCCACCUCCCCCUUCCCCCUCGCUUCCUCCUCCUUCGGGCCAUCCAGCCCACCUCCCCCUUCCCCCUCGCUUCCUCCUCCUUCGGGCCAUCCAGCCCACCUCCCCCUUCCCCCUCGCUUCCUCCUCCUUCGGGCCAUCCAGCCCACCUCCCCCUUCCCCCUCGCUUCCUCCUCCUUCGGGCCAUCCAGCCCCCCUCCCCCUUCCCCCUCGCUUCCUCCUCCUUCGUUCCAUCCAGCCCACCUCCCCCUUCCCCCUCGCUUCCUCCUCCUUCGGGCCAUCCAGCCCACCUCCCCCUUCCCCCUCGCUUCCUCCUCCUUCGGGCCAUCCAGCCCCCCUCCCCCUUCCCCUCGCUUCCUCCUCCUUCGGGCCAUCCAGCCCCCCUCCCCCUUCCCCCUCGCUUCCUCCUCCUUCGGGCCAUCCAGCCCCCCUCCCCCUUCCCCCUCGCUUCCUCCUCCUUCGGGCCAUCCAGCCCACCUCCCCCUUCCCCCUCGCUUCCUCCUCCUUCGGGCCAUCCCGCCCACCUCCCCCUUCCCCCUCGCUUCCUCCUCCUUCGGGCCAUCCAGCCCACCUCCCCCUUCCCCCUCGCUUCCUCCUCCUUCGGGCCAUCCAGCCCACCACCCCUUCCCCCUCGCUUCCUCCUCCUUCGGGCCAUCCAGCCCACCUCGCCCUUCCCCCUCGCUUCCUCCUCCUUCGGGCCAUCCAGCCCACCUCCCCCUUCCCCCCCGCUUCCUCCUCCUUCGGGCCAUCCAGCCCACCUCCCCCUUCCCCCCCGCUUCCUCCUCCUUCGGGCCAUCCAGCCCACCUCCCCCUUCCCCCCCGCUUCCUCCUCCUUCGGGCCAUCCAGCCCACCUCCCCCUUCCCCCUCGCUUCCUCCUCCUUCGGACCAUCCAGCCCCCCUCCCCCUUCCCCCUCGCUUCCUCCUCCUUCGGGCCAUCCAGCCCCCCUCCCCCUUCCCCCUCGCUUCCUCCUCCUUCGGGCCAUCCAGCCCACCUCCCCCUUCCCCCUCGCUUCCUCCUCCUUCGGGCCAUCCAGCCCACCCCCCCCUUCCCCUCGCUUCCUCCUCCUUCGGGCCAUCCAGCCCACCCCCCCCUUCCCCCUCGCUUCCUCCUCCUUCGCUUCCUUUCCGCCGUCCCCCCUCCGCCGCCGCAGCCCUCCCGCUGCCGCCGCCGUCCCCCCUCCGCCGCCGCAGCCCUCCCGCUGCCGCCGCCGUCCCCCCUCCGCCGCCGCAGCCCUCCCGCUGCCGCCGACGUCUCCCUUCGCCGCCCCUCCCGUUGCCGCUCUGGCCUUUCCGUCUCCGCCGCCCUCGCCUCCUCUGCUGCGCCCUCUCCCGUCGCCGCUCCUCGCACCUUCGGCUGA